AUGGCGCGUGCGAUGCAGGUGAUCGGCUUCGCUGCAGUGGCGUCGGCGGACAUGGGGCCGUCCGCUCGGCAGCUCCGCGGCUACGCAGCAAACAGCACCUCGCUCGCGUCUGCGUCAGACUGCAUCAGUUUCUGCUGCUGGUGGCCGGCUGGGGAGUGCAGCGACUGCGGCACGGACUGGAACAACCGCAUGUAUGCCCCGGUUGCCACGUGGAGUGCUCAGGCCCGAACUGCGGCCCUGGAAAGGCCCACCAGUACUACAACACGCAAUCUGAUUGGGACAGCAGUUGCUCCACUCGGGUGUGCGGCAGUGAGCAGGGAGGCCUCAGCUCUGGACCUUCGUACUAUUGCGGGGGCACCUGGAAUGGGAACAACAACUGGGGCAGCAACUACGAGGGCCCGAUCGUGA